GGACCCAGAGAGUUCUAGAACCCCAGAACCUGUGGGAGGAACCGUUCCCGAGGAAGGUGGCAACCGCGUCUACGUGGAUAUCGAUGAGACGACACUUGAUGCACCAGAGGUGGAAGAGCUGCUGAAAACCAGUCCUGAUGAGAGAAAGAUGGACAGAGUCCACGCUCAGGACAACAGUCUGACAGAAUCGAGCUCCGAGUCUGAAAACACCUGCAGAGAAAAACCUGAGGCCACAGACCGACAGCAGGUUCCUUCUGACUGGAGCUUCAUUCAGGACCAGGAGCCCCCACAUAUUAAAGAGGAACAUCAGGAACUCUGGAUCAGUAAAGAAGAAGAGCGGCUUCACGGUCUGGAGACUGAUGAUGUCAUUACGUUCCCACUGACCUGCAUCCCUGUGAAGAGUGAAGAUGAAGCGAAACCUCAGUCCUCAAAGCUUCAUCAAAGCCAAACUUGGACAGCACCUGGAGCCAGCAGCUCAUCUGAACAUGUGAAAACAGAAUCUGAUAGGGAGGACUGUGGAGGACCACAGGUCGACACUCAAGAUGAAACUUCUGACUGUUCUGAAAUUGAAACCGACAACAGUGAUGACUGGAAGGAGAGCAGAGUACCUGAGUCAGGUUUAAAUGUUCUGACAGGCAUUGAAGUCUCUGUAAGUGACAAGAAACCACUUAGCUGUUCUGGCACAAAGACUGAGCCAGAUCAUGAGGACAAGACUUCAGACUCAAGUGACAGUGACAAAAGUUUUGUUUGGGAGGAUUUCCGGGAACGUCGGUCUGCUUCAAACUGUGCACAUAAGAGUUGUAAUACUAGUGAGAAACCAUUUCGAUGCACCGAGUGCAGUAAAGGAUUUGCUCGCAAAGACAAUUUGCAUAUUCAUAUGCGAGUUCAUAAUGGAGUGAAACCGUUUAGCUGUUUUAAAUGUGGCAAAUCGUUUGGAUACAAGAACUGUCUGGAUAUCCACAUGACGAGUCACAUUAAAGAGAAAUCAUUUAGUUGCACCAAAUGUGAGAAAACAUUUAAAUAUGAGAUCAGUAUGAAGAGACAUGUUAGACUGCACACAGGAGAGAAACUCUGUCAAUGCUCUGUCUGCGGUAAAAACUUCUCUGAGAAGUCAAAAUUAACGGUUCACAAGAGACGCCACGCAGGAGAGAAACCAUUCAGCUGUCCAGUUUGGCAGAAAUCAUUUCCCUGCAGAGGACAGUUUGACACACAUUUGACUGUCCACCCAGGACUAGAACAGUCCUGUGCAGGGUUUGUCAGAAAGGACACAGCAAAAAGUGGUCUCUGAACACAGCUCUUUCUUCAUC